UUCAUUUUGGUGUCAACUGAAAUGUAAACUUGGUUAGUCCGACUUCGACCAACCGAGUUGAUCUAAAAUCCAUUUUGGUGUCAACCUUAUGGUUGAGUUCAACUCAACCAGGUAGACGCCAAAACGCGCCUUUAGUUGCUGUUCGUUUCGCGUUUCGCUUUCGCGUUUUAGGGACACCCCCUUAGGGGCUGUUUCGCACAGCGUUCCGCGUUUUAGUCGCUGCUCGUUUUGCGUUUCGCUUUCGCAUUUUAGGGAUGCCCCUUGAUGUAUGUAAGUAUGUUAGUAUGUUUUGUUGUCUUUAUGGGCAAGAGGUAUGUUAAUUUAACUGUACGUCUGCGGAGAACUCAUGAACUGUGUACGAGUACAAGAUAUACCUUGAGUUGUCAGAAUUAGAAAUUCACAUGCCAGGAGAUGGGAAAUUUCAAAAAAUUUGACAGAAGUACAGUUAGGGAUAAAUGCUAAACAAUAAUUGCCAUGUUAAAAGUUGUGAGUCCCGAUGCCCGAUCUCCGUUUUUGUUUUGUUUUUGUGGGAAGCAGCUACAUUUGUAAAGGUUUUAUGCCAAGAUGAUGUACUAAAGCAUGCAAAGAAACGAGGAUAUUUUGUUGUGAAACAAAAUGGCUCGCCUCAAUUUGAAACUACUUCUGUUUCUUCUGAUAGCUGUAGUAUCAUGCACAUUGGUUACAUACAUCUUCACCUGUGGUCAUGCAACCUCCAGCCACACAAGGUUUAUUCACAGGUUAAAAGAAUCUUCACCAGAAUCCAGAGGAAAGCUUUAUGAAGAACUUCUGUGUUCCAUUAAUGGAAUGUAUCAAAUUUCUUGCCGAAAAGAAGGAAGAGAAGUGUUCAUUCCUUUCUCAUUUCUUGAGAAGUAUUAUGAAGUUUAUGGAAAAUUAACCAAAAAUAGAGGUCAUGAGCAGUUUGAGUGGUCACACUCUUAUUCAAAAGUAUUCAAACCAACUAUGCGAUACAAUUCAUCAGGGAUGUUCAUGUACUUCAGCAACUACAAUGUAGAAGUACGUGACCGAGUAAAAUGUAUUUCAGCCACAGAAGGAGUUCCUGUUUCAACACAGUGGGAAGCAAGUGGAUAUUAUUAUCCAGUUCAAGUGGCUCAAUAUGGUCUCUCCCACUACAGCAAAAACCUCAGUGACCGCACUCCCAAAAGAAAAAUCCUAGAAGAUGGAAACUUGGUAACUGCCAAAUGGCAAGUUCCUAAAGGAGCAUCUGUUAAAAGAAAUUAUGAUUAUGAAAAAUUUACUCACGUACUGGAAUUCAAUAGCCAUGAUAGUACGGGUAUUUCAUUAAAGUUGAGACAGGGAAUCGACUUGGUUUUAAGUUUUGAUCUACGGUUCUUAAGUAUGAAUGGCUCGCUUACUAUUUUCCUGGAAGACCGGGAUCGAUCAAAAAUUUUUCCAGUUUCGUUUGUAUGUUCUCCUGUGCUUAUUCACGUUUUUAACUCAAGUGGAAGUUAUUCCACUAACUAUGGACUGGGUAGUUGUCAAAACUGGAACCAAUUGACCCGGGAUCUGCAUGUCGAUUUGGUGAAGGGUCAUGUGCUUUCAGGAAGAGGCAAGAAAUUAUCAAAAACGAAAUUACGCAUUCAUCAUUUAUUAGUAAAGGGGCAUGGGCAGCUAGACAAUUUAACACUUGCCUCAAGCAAUCAUAUGGGAAUGUUUUAUUCAUCUGCCGAUUGGCUUGUUCGUCAUCAAGAUUCGAGUGGCGGAUGGCCUAUUGGAGUCAAACGGAAGAUAGCAUCAGGAAAGGCAGAUCUGGAUCCUGGUUGGUAUUCUGCUAUGGGACAAGGCCAAGCUAUGUCCCUUUUAAUGCGAGCUUAUUAUCGGUCAGGUAAAUCACAUUAUUUGGAAGCUGCGUUGAAAGGCAUGAAGCCGUUCAGUAAAUCAAGUACUGAAGGAGGAGUACGUGCCUACUUCAUGAAUCAGUAUCCGUGGUACGAAGAAUAUCCGACUGUGCCUCCAUCUUUUGUUCUGAAUGGUUUCAUUUACUCAUUGAUCGGUCUGUACGAUGUUGUAUCUCUGGCACCACACGACCAAGUUGGCGAUGCCCAACUUUUAUUUGAUCAAGGGAUGCAUUCGCUCAAGAAGUUACUACCUCUAUUUGACACUGGAUCUGGAACUGUUUACGACCUUCGACACUUCACCCUUGGUCUGGCACCAAAUAUAGCGCGAUGGGACUACCACUCAACACACAUCAACCAAUUACUUCUUUUAAGUACAAUAGACUCUGAUCCAAUUCUAACAACCGUCGCUGGUAGAUGGACAAGCUAUAUGUCUGGAAAACGAGCCGCACAUAAUUGAUGGUGAUAUUGCGUAUAAUUUGAAUUAAGAGUGCAGUAAAAUUUGCAUGGUACUUUGAGUCACGCCACACAAGCUACUUGUUUACAAAUAACUUCGUUUAUUUCUUUAAAAUAUCUUUUCCAAAAUCUAGCAAAACCUUGAUUUCGUCGUGUAUAUUUGCUGCAGUAAGCAUCUUAUUUCGUCAUGUAACGUUUUAAUUUAAAGAUGGAGUAAUUUUGAAAAGUUUCGAAUGAUCGACCUUAAGCUAGUACAGUGGUUGUUAUGGCACGUAUAAUAACUAACAUUUUUGAAUCUGGGUUAACAACUUCCAUUUUUCAUGGAUUUUCUUUAACUGUAAUCCAACAUCACUCUGUUUGUCUUUUAAUUUUUAUGUACUUUGUUUAUUUGACAACAUUUCAUGCAUUCCAAAAUUCUUUUUAAUGCCAACAAUAGAGUAUCAUUUUGCACUGAAUAUAUUAAACCAUAAAAUGAA